UCCCUAGCAAUACCAGUUGGUGGAAUGUCAUUUGAUUGUUUACACGUGUUGGUGGUGGUAGUGUCAAAAAUAAAAACAAAUCGACGUAAAACGAAAGAACAUAAAUAAAUUAUUAAAGAAACAUUAUUUUUUUUAUAUAAUUUUUUUGUAUUUUAUUAUCACGAAAAUUUCUUGCUGGAAAACGUCGACACGUGAUAAAACUUUUCGUAGAUCAAGUGUUUUAAAUAAUGACUGAAGAAGGAAACAUACUUGUUAUCGGCAGCGGAGGCCGGGAGCAUGCUCUCUGUUGGAAGCUUGCAGACUCGCCAUAUGUGAAGCGCAUAUACUGUGCCCCUGGAAGUGUUGGUAUAUCUACCACAAAUAAGGUGGAGAGUGUGGACUUGAACAUCAAAGAUUAUCCAGCACUUGCACAAUGGGCAAAAGAUCAUCAAAUCGAUCUUGUCGUAAUUGGUCCGGAAGAUCCUCUGGCCGAUGGUAUUGUGGAUGCGCUCAGCUCGUACGGCCUCCAAUGUUUUGGGCCACCGAAAGCGGGCGCCCAGAUUGAGGCCAACAAGGAUUGGUCCAAGAAAUUUAUGGACAAAUACCAGAUACCAACGGCUAGAUACAAAUCGUUCACUGAUGCUGCAUUAGCCAAGCAAUUUAUUAACACCGCUCCAUACCCAGCUCUGGUGGUGAAAGCAUCAGGCUUGGCUGCUGGUAAAGGUGUAGUGGUCGCUGCCACUAAAGAGGAGGCGUACCAGGCUGUCGACGAGAUCUUGUCCGAAGCUAAAUUCGGCGAUGCUGGCCAGACUGUUGUCGUUGAAGAGUUGCUGGAAGGUGACGAGGUUUCUGUUUUAGCGUUCACGGACGGCGAGACUGUCUCACUGUUACCCCCAGCGCAAGAUCACAAACGCGUCGGCGAUGGGGACACCGGUCCCAACACAGGGGGCAUGGGGGCGUACAGCCCGUGUCCGCUCAUCACACCAGACCAACUGGCUGAUGUCAAGGAUCAAGUACUGCAGCGAGCAGUGGACGGGUUGAAGGCUGAGGGGAUUAAAUAUGUCGGUGUACUCUACGCUGGCAUGAUGGUCACCAAGGCAGGCCCGAUGACCCUGGAGUUCAACUGUCGCUUCGGAGACCCGGAGACACAGGUGCUGAUGACACUGCUCGAGUCAGACCUCUACAAAAUUAUGAAGGCUUGCGUCAACGGAACACUGAAGCAGUUACAAGUAACGUGGAACACUAAACUGUCGGCAGUGGGCGUCGUGAUCGCAUCUAAAGGAUACCCAGAAACUUCCACCAAGGGCUGCGUUAUCAGUGGGCUGAGCCAGGUGCAAGCGACGCCGGGGCUGACGGUGUUCCACAGCGGCGUGGCGCGCGGCGCCAACGGUACGCUGGUGACGUGGGGCGGCCGCGUGCUGCUGGCGGUGGCGCGGGCCGCCUCCUUGCGCGCCGCCGCCGCCGCCGCCACGGCCGCCGCCUCCGUUAUCGACUUCCCGGGCGCGCACUACCGCAAGGACAUCGCGCACCGCGCCUUCUCCAAAAUCAAUGGGCUCUCGUAUCUACAAAGUGGAGUGGAUAUUGACGCUGCAGCGACCCUGGUCCGUGAGAUUGAACCUAUCGCCACGGCUACCCACAGACGGGGGGUACUGGGCCGGUUGGGGUGCUACAGUGGACUAUUCCAGCUGUCCGCUAUGGACCCGAGCCUGAAGGAUCCUGUGCUCGUACAGGGAACAGAUGGAGUCGGCACCAAAUUAAAAAUCGCUGAAAAAAUGAAGAAGUACAAUACCCUAGGCCAAGAUCUAGUGGCGAUGUGCGUGAACGACAUCCUGUGCGCGGGCGCAGAGCCGUUUGCCUUCCUCGACUACAUGGCGUGCGGGCGGCUGCAGGUCAACGUCGCCACCACUAUCGUUCGUGGCAUUGCCGAUGCCUGUGUACUCUCUGGAUGUGCUCUAUUGGGCGGUGAGACAGCAGAGAUGCCGUCGAUGUAUGAGGUGGGCAAGUACGACCUGGCUGGCUUCGCAGUGGGCGUGGUGGAUAACGCACGGCAGCUACCUCGCACGGACUGCAUGCGGCCUGGUGACGUGGUGCUGGCGCUGCCCUCUACCGGCGUGCACAGCAACGGCUACAGCCUCGUGCAAAAGAUCAUGACCGAGAACAACCUCAAGUAUACCGAGCCGGCGCCAUUCAGCACCGACAACAAAUCUCUCGGCGAGGAGUUCCUCACCCCCACCGGUAUCUACGUGCGCGACCUCUUGCCAGCUAUCAAGAAAGACCUGAUCAAAGGUCUCGCGCACAUCACUGGCGGUGGUUUAUUGGAGAACAUACCCAGGAUAUUGCCACCCACGUUGAAGGUCAAGCUGGAUGCUUCAAAAUUUAAUAUCAAACCUAUAUUCGCUUGGCUUCAAGCUAAAGGCCAAGUAUCAGAGUACGAAAUGUUGCGCACAUUCAACUGUGGAGUCGGUAUGGUGGUGAUCGCGGACCAAGCUGACGUCGAGGCGCUCCAGGAACUCGUCGGAAAGGACCUGGCGGUGAUCGGCUCUGUUGAACAGCUGGAAAAGCUGGGCGCGCUGCAGGUGGAGGUGGCGGGUUUCCUGGCGGCGCUGCGGCCGCUGGCGGCGCUGUGGUCGCGGCCCGCGACGCAGCCGCCGCGUCCACUCUCCUACAAGGACAGCGGCGUCGACAUCGAGGCCGGCGACUCGCUCGUCUCGCUCAUCAAGCCGCUGGCCAGGUCGACUACACGGGCCGGUGUCAUUGGAGGUCUUGGCGGGUUUGGCGGUUGUUUCCAAUUGAAAGCGAUCGAACAAGAGUACAAGGACCCGGUGCUGGUACUGGCGGCGGACGGCGUCGGCACGAAGCUGCGCAUAGCGCAGAAGAUGAACAAGCACAGCACCAUCGGCAUCGACCUGGUGGCCAUGUGCGUCAACGACAUCCUGUGCAACGGCGCCGCGCCGCUCACCUUCCUCGACUACUUCGCGUGCGGCCGCCUCGAUGUCGACGUGGCCGCUGCCGUCGUCGCUGGGGUUGCCAGCGGCUGCAAGGAAGCCACAGCCGCGCUUAUUGGUGGUGAAACGGCCGAGAUGCCGGGCAUGUACCCGCCGGGAGUAUACGAUGUGGCGGGCUUCGCGCUCGGUGUCGUCGAGCGUGAUCGCAUUCUGCCGAAGAUUAACGACAUCGCGGUGGGCGAUAUCAUAAUAGGCCUACCGUCCAACGGUGUACACAGUAACGGCUUCAGUUUGAUACACAAGCUGAUGAAGAAACUUGGUCUCACGCUCGAAGAUAAAGCGCCAUUCAGCAGAGAGGGACUCACUUUAGGCGAGGAGCUGAUCAAGCCGACGCGCAUCUACGUGCGCAGCGUGCUGCCGGCGCUGCGCAGCGGCCGCGUGAAGGCGCUGGCGCACGUGACGGGCGGCGGGCUGCUCGACAACCUGCCGCGCGUCAUGCCGCCCGCCACGCGCGCGCGCCUCAACGCGCACUGGUGGAACGUGCACCCCGUGUUCGCGUGGAUCGCGGACGCGGGCUCGGUGACGGACGACGAUAUGCUUAGGACCUUCAACUGCGGCAUCGGGAUGGUGCUCAUCGUAGCUCCGGAGGACCAGGCCGAUGUGAUGAACAUAACACGGUCGUUCGGCGCGAUGGUGAUCGGCACGAUUCAAGCGCGGCCGCCGGGCGGCGCCCGCGUCGUCGUCGACAACUUCGCGUCCGCCGUGCACUUCACGCGCCGCAUGCCCAUGCUGCCCAGCAAGAAGGUGGCGGUGCUUGUCUCUGGCAACGGCAGCAAUCUGCAGGCGCUUAUAGACACAACGCGCGACCCCACGCAGUGCAUGUGCUCCGAGGUGGCGCUAGUCAUUAGUAACAAGAAGAAUGCGUACGCACUCAAACGAGCCGAGGAGGCCGGCAUACCCACGUUGGUGUUCAACUGCACAAAAUACGACAGCCGCGAGGAGUUCGACCGCGCGAUAUCCGCCGCGCUCGAGUCGCACAAAAUCGACAUCGUCUGUCUCGCCGGAUACAUGCGGAUCUUGUCCUCAGAGUUUGUACAAAGGUGGAAAGGUCGACUGCUGAAUAUCCACCCGUCGCUGCUGCCGCGCCACCCGGGCCUCAGCGCGCAGCAGCAGUGCCUCGACGCCGGCGACAGCGAGAGCGGCUGCACCGUGCACUUCGUCGAUGAGGGCAUGGACACGGGUCCGAUCAUUCUUCAAGAGCGUGUACCAGUGAUGCGCGGCGAUACGGCCGAGAGCCUGACUGAACGGAUCCACCUGGCCGAGCAUCGCGCCUACCCUCGCGCCCUGCGACUGCUCGCCACCGGCCGCCUGCGGCUAUCGCCCCGCGGAGAACUCAUAUGGUACUCCUAGCCGACCUGUUCCCCGCGGUGUUUCGAGUCAUCUUAUAGAUAUAAGUACUUCUAACCAGUAACAGACCCGCUUAUAACAUGCCAAGAGCUCAACUCACCAUUUACGUUCAUACAAGUAGAUGCUGCAGGUACUUAUGUAUGUAUGAUGAUCACUUUGUAUUGGCAUGUUCAGUCGAUAACAAUUUUUCGGUGUCAUCAAACUAAAUAAUAUAAAUUUAACUAAAUAAUGAUAAAAAGUAUUGCAAGUAAUCAGUUAACAAGUUUUUUUUACACUGCAAAAUUGUGAUCGUGUAAACCUGCAAUAACAGCCAAGAAAACUACCACUGCCGAAUACGAAUUUCUCCCUUUAAAAAGACAUUAGUCUAUUAUUAUCGUGCUAGCCAAGUCAGUUUUUUUUUUUUUUGCCUUGCACCACAUAAUAAUUCAAACUUAGGAUGUCCAGCAAAUUGUAAAUAAAAUUAAAUUUUGAACCUUGGUCAAGGCACCAAAUGUAACGUAUAUGAAAUGAAAUAAUUCUAUACAUAUUUCUUUUGUUUAAAAACUGGUCAAAUACUUUUGUUUUAGUAAGUCCUGUUAUCUUACAUAGAACUACGUAUUACUUCCAGUAACUUGAAUAAUAUGGUUUUAAAAUCGCUUUAUUUUUAAUAGUGCCAUUGAAACAAUUUAAAAAUUAUUGACAUUAUUAUUAAUAAAUUAUAAAAAAAAAUCCAUAUUUUGUUCGUACAUUCCAAAAUUAAAAUACUUAACGCAUUCCUUCUUAUUUUAUAAUAAAAAUUGGAUCAACAUUCUUUAUUAGAUACAUGGUAUAUUAUAGGAUAUUAAAAAUUUUCUGGAAAUAAUGUCAUUGUUAUUAUAGAAUACUAAAUAAAAUAUUUAAGACAUGUCGUAUGUCAUAGAUAAAGACGACACAUUGUGGGGUGGUAUACAGCGUGCAUGUAUGUAAUGUAAAUCGUUUUAUUUGUAAGUAAUACCAAAUGCAUAAUUAUGUUUCUUACUACUUUAUGUAAGGUUAUCUAUAAGAGAUUGCUUUUAGCGAUGAGGCCGCGUUUUGUAUUUGCCCAUUCUUUAUCAAUAUUCUAUGUAUACAUUUUAUUAUUUACGUUAAUAAACGCUGUUCGUUGGUAAGCAUCAUUUAUUGGCGGCAGGACCAAAUUUAUUUUGAUUGAAAUGUUUGUCCAACUAAACCUUAGUUAAAGAAGUUAUUUAGAUAUGUGACACUGAUCUAGUUAGUUGAUUCAAUUAGAUUAUAAUAUAAACGAAUUACAUCACAAUAAUCUUUUUAAAAAUAGAAAAUUUAAAAUAUACAUAAGUGUAGCAUUAAAUCUGGCUGAUAUUACAUUCAAAUUAAAGAAUAUUGAAUCUCAACUGCAUACCAAUAUUAUUAUAUCCAUGACUGCCCGCAUAAUAUACUUACAUUUACAAUGCCAAUAUAAUUGUAAUUAUUAUAAAAAUAAUAAUAAAUAUUUUAAGUACAUAUCAUUAUUCCUAGUCCUUUUAUAUGUUUUUCUAAUACUGUACUUUAUAUAAUUUUAUUACUUUUCAAACAUUUUUAUAUUGACUGAUUAUUAAAAUUAUGUCAUAUCAAAUCUGAAUUUUACUGAUUUUAACACUCAAUUUUCUGAUCUUUAUUAAAAUAUAAUAAUAAUUUUAAAUUUUAUUGUAAUAUUUUUGUAUAUAUAUGUCAAUUUAAACUCCACAUAAGACAAUUAUAAAUUUAAAUAAUUUUACACUAAGUGUAAUAUUGUUAAACUUUAAAUACUUAUAAUGUUUUUUUUAAUAAAAGAUUUUGUAUGUU